AUGAAGGCCCCGGGGCGAUGUCAUCAAGGCGACUACGACUGCGGCCUUGGUCAAUGCGUGCCGAUGGGUCGGUUCCACGACGGAAAAAUCGACUGUUACGACGGCAGCGACGAAUGUUAGUAGCAAAUGAAACGCGCUUCCUCUGCUUCAUUAGGACGAAAAAAGAUUAUUCAUAAGAUUUAGGGUGCUUCUUUGGCCAGAUCAGUUGUGGAGCUUAUUGUGCGGACAUUCAACAUACACUUCCUUGCGUCUUAUAUCCGAAAUGCGACGGCACCUCAAAACAACUACCUUGGUGCAAUUUGUCGAGUAAGAAUAACUCAACGGUUGGAAAGGUACUAUACGUUAUUUUCCAGAAGAAAAACUGUGCUCUGGAAAGAAAUCUUUUCCUUGCAAAGGCUAUGGGGAGUGCGUUCUUUGGGACUGGCUUUUGGAUGGCAAAAAAGAUUGCAUGGAUGGGAGUGAUGAAGGUUUGAGAAAAAGUUCGAAUUUUCCAAGAAAUUGAAUUUAGAUCCAAACUAUGUAUUGCCGCUAGAAGAAGGCUUCAGGAUAUUCCGAAAAAGAGAAAAUAUCACAUUAUCACCGGUUCAACCUCUUCCUCCACCUGCGGAUCGUCAAAACCUUUUCGUUCCUGGAUGCUCCUACUGUUCCAGUCCAGCUCCAAAAAGUUCCGAAACUACUACUCCGAAAUAUCCAUUUGCCACUUUGAUUCCUUACCCACAUCCACCCAAAGAAAUAGAAAACGAAUUCUUUCCUCCUUUCCCGAGUACAAGGACUACUGCAGGACAAGAAGGUUAUCCAAUUGGUAUCGGGGAAUUCUUCCCAACAAAGCCCACUAUUGAAACAGCAAGUCCAUCUGCCACUCCGCCGUCUUAUGAAGUACCCACGGAGUCUUCGAACGAACAUCACACCCAAUCUCCUGUGGAUUCUUAUGAGGAAAAAACAAGCAGCCCAGUUCGGAUCGUCCCCAUCGCACACACUACGAAGAAGCCUCUUUUUACUUCCACUACAGAAAUUUAUUCGGGUUUCAUACCAGAAAUCACUGCCGUCACAACAGAAACUACCGAGACAGAAACAUCUGAAGAGAAUGGUUAUGAAGGAAACGAACAUCUUGUCCCAUUUCAACCUGGAGGCUGGGUAUUCCCGCCGCUGCAACCGACAACUCACGCGCCUUCCUGGACAACAAAUGUUCCUUCCCUGCAAACUUCUACAGAAAGCUUUGAAGAAGGUUUCGAACUUGUACCUCCUGUGGAGGAAACUACUCCGGCUCACGAGAAAACCACAACCUCAACCUCUACUCCAGAUAAACCGGAAAUAACAAUCCCUCCACCGACUCAAGGUUUCAUAACCACAACGAGCAAAAGCCAACAAGUGAACCAUGAAAAUAUCUGUCUGGACAAAAUUUUGUCCAAGGCAAAACAGGAUGGCGGAGAUAUUUUUUGCAAAUGCGAUCCGGGACAGUUUCUGAAUAGUCAAGGAGUCUGUGAAGGUAAAUAUCAUUUUUGAUAACUUAACUCGUUGGAAUUCAGAAGACCCAGCACUUGUCACAUUCAAAGUUGAAGUUGGGACCGUGUGUGGCGUGGAGAACUUAUCCCUUCAGCAAAAAAGAGAAAUCGUGCACCAGCAGGUUCACAAAAAUCUUUAACAAAAAAACCGAUAUGGUUUUUAAGAUCAAAAAGAAAGUUCCUCACGAUGCUUGCGUCCUGGAAAGAGAAGACAAUGAAGGAGUGAUAGUGAAUGCUGCUUGUGAAAGUUGUCAACUUUCUGGGCUACAAAGUUUUCUUGUGCCUCAGCAGGGAGAAAACAUUAGUAUGACAACCGGAGGUUUAGCUUUUAAAAGUCAAAGCAGUCAAAUUUUAUUGUUCAGCUCUAUCUACUGAUAUUUGUUCGAAUUCUUUGUACAAUCACUGUCAUCGAUACGCCUUUUGUAAACCAUCAGAAGACAAUUUGCGAUAUUCCUGCGUUUGUCGGAACGGAACGGAAGAUGUCUCCAAAAUAUCCGGCAGACAGUGCAAUGGCGUUCCUUUCGAUGAAGAGUAACAGAACCUAAAAAUCUUGUUUCAAAGCGAAAUUUCAGCUGCAUCAUGUUUUUCGGAAUAUGUCUCAUUGUCUGGUUAUUGUUUCUUCUCGGUGGAAUUUUGCUUUCUGGUCUGAUGUGUUAUCUUUGCUGCAAAAUUUGCUCUUGUUCUCGUUGCAAAGUUGCUCGGCAAGACCCAGCAGGGCUUCAGAAAGUGGUGAAUAUAUGAAUAUUAAACGGAAGGAAAUGAAUUAAUUUAGAUUAUUGGCAAGCCGGCCGCCAGAAAAACAAUAGGAGACUUUCCCAACAUGAAGAAAAUUUUCGGAGAGAGUUUGAGAAAUAGCGCCAAAGGUGAAAAUAGUAAUUAUUGUGAGUUCUUAAAAAACGAUUUUCAGGGUCAACAUCAGUUGCAAGUGCUUUUGCUCUUGCAGAACUGAAGAAGAAGAACCGAGUUUCUCGUGCUCCAGAAAUGAGCAACGUUGUCGAAGUGGAUAGUGAAGUAAAAUACGCAUUUAAAAAUGAAACCAGAAUGAAAAUUAAAAAUUAAGGUGUCCUCCCCAAUGCCCGAUAUAUCACCUCAAGGCUCUCCGAUGAAGCGUUCCAUAUCUAAAAUCACACUUCCUUCGCCGACAACAGCGGGAGAAAGCGUCAACUUUGAGAAUCCCACCGGAAAUGUUGAAACACCAAUUUUAGAGAAGGUAUAUGACGGCAACUUUUCGAAAAGUUCUUGUUUUGGAUCCUUGAAUAGAAAGAUAUUUUCGAAUGCACUUUGUUUUGUUAUGGCUGCGCAGAGGCUAUUCCGGACACUUGUAUAGUUUUUGCUUGCACCCACGUGUAGUCGGAUCACUUUUCCGCUUGAGCUGCUUUGUUCAAGGUCAUUCGGGCAAAAAAGACAUUCCUUAGCCCAACGACCUUUUAUUUUUGGAAAUUGUAUUAUGCGGCGGGACCCAACGAAGAACAAUUGCAGAACUCGAGUUCCGUAUCACUCGUCUCAGCAGGAGAAGCAGCACCUCAACUGCCCAAUUUACCACUUCCGCUGCCCGUUCCCAUAACGACUGCGGCCGACGUUCACAAAGAAGACUCCGUAGAUCAAGUGAACAGAUGAUUUUUUUUCUAACACAUUGUGAAGAAAAAAAAUAGAGUGAACUUUGAUGUCGAUAUUGGACUAAACGAAAAAUAGAGAGUAAGAAACGAAUUUCAGCAAGUUGAACCGGAAAGGCCAGCCUCUUCUCAUUCUAUCGGCGUGCAACCCACGAUCUGGGAAACGUUCCGAGUGUUAGGCUCUCAAUACUCCAAAGAUGAAGGUGGUCCAAAAUCUUGACCUCUGAAACAAUCAUGUAAACGACGAAUUUAUUUCCAAAGUGUUCAGAACGAAAAAGCAGCGUUGACUCUUUGGAAGCUAUGGUCGAAGCUCGAAUCGCUAAUCACGAACCUUUGAUGAGCGCAAAAACAAAAGAGAACACUGCCAGGACCGAAACGACAGCUACUAUCCCAGUUCCACUAAAAAUCAUUGAAUCUCCACCUCGGUGAUCAGAAAAUUGCAAAAUCCAUAAUCAAACUCUCUGCAGAAAAGCGAUUGAAGAGCCGAUUUUGAGUACUCUCCCAGAAGAGCCUCCCGCCACAAACGCCACAAACGAUACAUCAAGCAUUGAAGAAGCUAAAAGGUUCAAUGUGUUUUUUUUGUUUUGCAAUAACUUAAUAUUAAGGCAAGAGAAGCAAGCGCUCAUUGCCGAUAUGCUUGGCGUCACAUUGGAAGCGUCUCCUCCAACAGCGAGAGAAAAAAUGACAGAAGACGUUCAAAACUUGGAACUAGAACAAAUUCAAACUGCAAACCCUGACACGACCGUGGAAGUCCAUCCUGAGUGUUUUGGAGUUCCUGAUGAAAAAUCGCUUGAAGCGGCACUUCUGAUAGAAAUGGCGAAACGGAAAAUAGAGCUUGCUCUAUCUCCUAAAACUUCAGAAGAUGAAAAACCAGCGUUCUCGGUUGGAACACCGAAAGAAACAACAAUUCCACCAGAAGAAAAAACGGAGAUUCAAAAAACUCCUCCAAAGACAGAGCAGAGCAGCCGAGCUUCAACUUCGAAGUCACGGAUCCCAAGUGCGACGUUCAGAAGACCUUCAAACGACAAAGAAAAUCAACCAAUUUUUGUUCCAUGGAAAGCUCGAGAAGACAGUAAAAGAGUGAUUCGAAAUAGGAAAGAACAUAUUUCCCGACUAAAACCUUCCGGAGUCUUAGAAUCAACCGAUGAAAGUGACCCCGAGGUAUUGAAUAACGGAUAGGCUGCUGAUUGAGAACAAAUUUUCAGGUUGCUUUUUUCAAAAGACUGCAAGCCAUGCGAGACGACGUGGACAGACCGACCACACAUGGAAGACGAAUAAUCAAAAAACGGAGACCUGUGCGCACCUUAUCGAGCAUAUCAGAAAAGAGCGCUGAAAUUGCGGCCGAGGCUGUUCUUCAGGAUAUCCCUCCGGACAAGUCUAUUUCUUGUCCCCCUACAACUCGGUCAGUGAGGAAACAGUGAUAAACGUAAUUUUACUUUCAGAUCUUAUCUCGAAUGGAGACCCAUGACAACUGCUAGGAAAAAUCGUCUUAUUGAAGCUAGCGGAGAGCUUUCUGAUGUGGACAUUCCUAAAAGAGCUUUGGAAAGCGACGGAUUCGUCAGCUCGCCAGAUAUUCCUGACGUCACUUUGCGAAAGUCCAUCGAAAAUUUGCACAAAAAAGAGAAAAUUGCGGCAAUAUCAAGGACGAACAUAAAGACACCUGGUCAAAGUCGACCUGCGACAAAAUCCUCCAAAGAAACGUGUAGAAGCAGAUCUUCUUCUCAUUUUGCUUCUCCAAGGGCAGAAGACUAUCCAGACAACGUUUCACACACUUCAAGAAGCACACGCCAUUCAGUCAUCAGUCGGAAAAUUGCUCUCCGGAAAAAUGAGAUCCGCACUAUUUCAAACUCGGCAGCUGAUUUGAGAGGUAGCACAACGUCAAGAAGUACUUCACAACCUCUCAGAGGUGAGAUCUUUGAUUGUUGAUCAUUGACAACGUCUUUUAAGAGAGGAUGAACACAAACUCUCAAAAAUUUCAGGGACGAAAUCGGUAGGCAACCUUGCUAAAAAGAAGGCCUGGGACAACACUCCAUUCCGUGAAGGGAACAAGGAAUUCGCCUGGGACACCUUCCUUGCUGAUAUCUCGCCGAGAAAACCUCCUAGAACGGCUGGAAACUCCCCCACACAGCGGCGUAGUACUCACCGUAGUCAUCGGAGUGACAGUCACUUUUCAAUGACAUCAUUGCCUGGAAGAUUUCUUGCACAAUCCCCGAUUUUCGAUCCUCUUGAAGAUUCCGGAAAACCACCGAAAGAGGAACUUUGGUGGGGCUCAAGAAGAUAA